AUGGUUCCGGGUUUUGGAAGCAUUAAGACGAAGGGUACAACCAUCGCACGGACGCAAAACUUUUUGUUGAAUGCAAGACAGUUGUUAUCGGCACAUGGAAGCUGUCCAACAUACGAGCUACCACAGAAUGUUAAGUACAGUUGCCGUAAUGGUCAGUGUCAAGUCACAUGCCAAGAAGGACAUAGCUUUCCCGAUAGUAGCAAAUUGCUAAAGCUGGCUUGUAUGAAUGGAAAUUGGAUAAUCCGGGACUCCAUAUUUGAUCAGGUACCACCCUGUCAAGCCCAAUGCCUUCCCCCGUGUGAGAACAAUGGCAUCUGCAUAACUUCAGGGGUAUGCAAAUGUUCUGAGUACUACACUGGUAAAUUGUGUCAGUACAGAAAAUCAGUCUGUUCGGGCAAGCCACCCGUCCCGAAAAACUCCAAGGUGUCCUGUACUAAUAAUGCUUGCAAUGCCCAAUGUAUGCGUGGGUUUCAGUUUCCAGAUGGUAGCAGUAUUACCAACAUUGAAUGCCGUGAUGGCCAGUGGGUUCAUUCAAAGUCGGGCUAUACUAGGCCUCCAGAUUGUGGGCCAACUUGCUCACCUGCUUGUGAGAAUGGUGGGCAGUGCAUCAGUUUCAAUGUAUGCCAGUGUUCCAAGAUGUACCGGGGAGCGCAUUGCGAAUUUAACAUUGCGUCCUGCAAUGUGACCAAUACCGACUUCAACGGAAACUACAAAUGCGCCUACGGCAUGGAGGAAGCGCGCUGCCGUUUUACAUGCCCACAAGUGCCAGGACUUCAAGUUCGAGGCGACUUAGAUGUGGAAUAUAUAUGCAACUACAAGCAAGCUCGUUAUAUUCCCGCGCCGUUGCCAAAAUGCAUAUUCCCUCCUGGUUAUGUUAUAAAGUCGAGUACAUCCACACAAAAAAUUACAGAACAGACUGGAUUCAAGGUACAUGGUACCUUUAGCGGUGGCUAUGCAUACGAUGUCGCGAAUGAGCGGGAAAGGCUAUUAGCUCUGCUAGCUAAAUAUAGAGAUAUUGAUCGCAAAAGCGAAUGGUGGUCCUCGGAAGAACAAGUUAUGUCUUCUGGCACAUUUUCUUUGUAUGUGAGCUCAGAAGUGGAUGUUGCUAUUGAUAGAGCUCCAAAGCCUGCGCUAUGUGCUAUCUGGGGUGGCAUCAAUAUGAAAACCUUUGACGGAUUGAUAUUCAAGGCUCCCUUAUCGUGCUCGCACACCCUAAUUACAGAUAAAAUUGAUGGCACCUUCGAUGUAACAGUGAAGGCUUGUCCUUAUGGAUCUGGCUACGGUUGCGCACACAGUCUCAAAAUUAAUUGGCAAUCGGUGCUAUACACUUUUGAGAAUUUUAAUGGUACGGUACGUUUGUUUACGCCAUUAAAACAACUUCCAAUGCCUGUUCAGUUGAUGGGCAUGAAAGUAAUGCCAGUAGCGCAACACAUACAAAUAGAUUUGGAAUCAGUAGGACUAAAGAUUGAUUGGGAUCGUCAACAAUUUGUAGCUGUGCAUGCUGGACCGGGGCUCUGGGAAAAAGUUGGUGGCUUGUGUGGAUCCUUGGAUGGCGACCAUGAAAAUGAUUUAUUGUCCAGAAAUGGAAUAAAACUAGAAACAAUAAAAGCAUACACCGAUGCUUGGCGUGUUGAUGAUAAAUCUGAAAUGUGUCAAGUGGAAAACAUUGCAGAGCUAGAUUUUGGAAUGGAGUCGUGUGAACAAAAAAAACUGACGAAUGCCAUUUCCGUAUGUGAGCGACUACUGGCUAAUGAAAAGCUUAGCGAUUGUAUCAAGCCAUUUAAUUUCGAGGCUCUGAUACGAAAUUGUAUUGCCGACUAUUGCAACUGUGCACAUCGUGAGCACCCAGAGAAUUGCAAUUGUGAUUCAAUAGCCAUGCUGGCCAAAGAGUGUGCUUUUAGAGGAAUUAAUCUGGAACAUGGCUGGCGUAACUUAGAACUAUGUCCCAUUAGCUGCAAAUUUGGUCGUGUUUACAGCGCAUGUGGGCCUGACCUCGAACCAACUUGUGAAUCUGAUGUUAUACCAGUCACAAAGGGAAAAUGUAAUGAAGGUUGUUUCUGUCCAGAAGGAACUGUACAGUAUAAAGAUGCCUGCAUAACCCGCGAACUGUGUCCUUGUAAUCUUCGUGGUCGCGAAUUUAAGCCAGAAGCUACUGUCAAAAAGGAUUGUAACACUUGUACCUGCAAAAAUGGUCAAUGGAAGUGCACGGACGCAAUGUGUGGCGCGCGCUGCGGUGCUAUUGGGGAUCCUCACUACCAGACGUUUGAUGGAAAACGGUUUGACUUCAUGGGAAAAUGCUCUUACUACCUGCUUAAGACACCUAAUAUGUCCGUGGAGGCGGAAAAUGUUGCCUGCUCAGGCGCGUUAUCUGAAGCAUUGAACUAUGCCGCACCGGACGAUCCGUCAUGUACUAAGUCAGUAACUUUGCGUUUUAUUCUGCGUGAUGCUACAUCAGCUACAAUCAAAUUGGGGCAGGACAUGAGCACACUCAUUAACGACAAGCCUAUAGCUAAGUUGCCUAAAAUUAUAGGCCUCGGCGAGGUAUUGGUGCGUCGUGCCAGCUCAACCUUUAUUACGGUAGAGUUUGCUGGUGGCAUACGCGUCUGGUGGGAUGGUGUAUCGCGUGUAUAUAUAGAUGCUCCCCCUAGUUGGCGUGGAAAUACCAAAGGAUUAUGUGGUACUUUCAAUUCUAAUACGCAGGAUGAUUUCUUGACACCAGAAGGUGAUGUGGAGACUGCAGUAGAGCCAUUUGCAGACAAAUGGCGAACCAAAGAUACAUGCCAGUUUCAAGCAGAAGCCCCAAUAGGUCCCCACCCCUGCAGCUUUCAAACUGAGAAGAGCAAAUUGGCUGAGAAAUAUUGUGCUUGGAUUACUGAUGAUAUUUUUCAAGACUGUCAUUGGACUGUGGAACCGGAAAAGUUUUACGAAGACUGCUUAUAUGAUACGUGCGCUUGCAAAGAUGAUCCGGCUAAAUGCUAUUGCCCCAUAUUGUCUGCUUACGGCACUGAGUGUAUGCGGCAGGGUAUCAAGACAGGGUGGCGCAUGUCGGUUAAGGAAUGCGCGGUCAAAUGUCCGUUGGGUCAAAUAUAUGACGAAUGUGGCGAUGGCUGUGCUUUGACCUGCGACGAUUUGCCGAGCAAAAACACGUGCAAGCGUGAAUGCGUCGAAGGCUGCCGAUGCCCUCAUGGGGAGUAUAUCAACGAAGAAGGCUUUUGUGUGCCGAAGCAAAAGUGUCAUUGUGUCUUUGAUGGUGUGAGUUUUCGACCAGGCUAUAAAGAAGUGCGCCCUGGAGCAAAAUAUCUGGAUAUAUGUACUUGCACAGAUGGCGUUUGGGACUGCCAAGAUGCGGAGCCGGGCGACGAAGAUAAAUAUCCCCCGUCUUCAGAGCUUCGUGCUAAGUGCGCUAAUAAACCAUUUGCAGAAUUUACAAAAUGUGCUCCCAAGGAGCCCAAGACUUGUAAAAAUAUGGACAAUUAUGAGGUAGAUUUGGCAGAUUGUCUGCCUGGCUGCGUUUGUAUGAAAGGAUAUGUUUAUGACACAUCACGGUUAGAUUGUGUAUUGCCAACCAACUGCUCGUGCCACCAUGCAGGCAAAAGUUAUGGUGAUGGAGAGAAGAUCAAUGAGGAUUGCAAUGUGUGCCUGUGCGAGGCAGGUAACUGGAAGUGCUCCAAAAAUGGCUGCGAGUCUACUUGCAGCGUGUGGGGCGACUCGCAUUUUACGUCCUUCGAUGGUCAAGACUUUGACUUCCAGGGCGCUUGUGACUAUGUGCUAUCAAAAGGAACUUUAGACAAUGGAGACGGUUUCAGCAUUACCAUACAGAAUGUCUUAUGCGGCACAAUGGGCGUUACGUGUUCAAAGUCUCUGGAAAUAUCAGUUAGUGGAAAAUCACAGGAGUCAUUGCUGCUUAGUGCUGAUGAAGCUUACGAUGUGGAUCCUAAUAAGUCAACAAUAAAGAGACUUCGCAACAGUGUUAAUUCGAAGGGAUAUGGGGCCUUUCACAUAUAUAAGGCAGGCGUUUUUAUCGUAGUCGAAGUUAUUCAACUUAAGCUUCAAGUGAAAUGGGACGAGGGCACUCGUGUCUAUGUGAAGUUGGGAAAUGAGUGGCGAAAUAAGGUUAGCGGCUUAUGCGGUAAUUACAACGGAAAUGGCUUGGAUGAUAUGCAGACACCAUCUCUGGGACUUGAAACCAGUCCGGUAUUGUUCGGUCAUGCCUGGAAGUUGCAGUCACAUUGUGCUGUACCAUCUGCUCCUAUUGAUGCCUGUAAAAAACAUCCGGAGCGUGAGACUUGGGCUCAGCUUAAGUGCGGAGCAUUGAAAUCAGAGCUGUUCAAAGCCUGCCAUACCGAGGUUCCACUUGAACGUUUCUUAAAGCGCUGCAUUUUUGACACUUGUGCCUGUGAUCAGGGUGGUGAUUGUGAGUGCUUAUGCACAGCCAUAGCGGCCUAUGCACAUGCCUGCUCACAAAAGGGAAUUCACAUACAGUGGCGCACACCACAUUUCUGCCCUAUGCAAUGCGAUCCUCACUGCUCUGAAUACAACUCCUGCACUUCUGCGUGCGCUGUUGAGACUUGUGACCAUAUCUUGGAUCAAGGUAUGACUGACCGUAUGUGCAAUCGCGAACACUGUAUUGAAGGAUGCAAUGUUAAGCCUUGUGAAGAAGGAUUCAUUUAUCUUAAUGACACUUAUCGACAAUGCGUUGCGAAGGCAGAGUGUAAGCCUGUAUGUAUGGUUAAGGAAGGAAGAACUUAUUACCAGGGGGAUAUUACCUAUCAAGACGACUGUGCCACUUGCCGCUGUUCCAAACGAAGAGAGAUAUGUAGUGGUGUUAAGUGUACAGCUACGCCUGCUCCAAUUAACGAGGGUCCUACAGAGAACCCACUGGCUACGCAAAAUCAAACAAAAUGUGUGCGCGGCUGGACACGUUGGUUUGAUAAUGAUGGCGAUGACUCUGAUAAAAUUGUUCGGCUAAAUGAUGAAGAAAAGCUACCCCGCUAUGAUCGCUUGGAAAGUGUAUACGGAACUUGUCUUAAGCAAUAUAUGACAAAAGUUGAAUGCCGCGUCCGCAAUACGCACGAACCUUCCGAGCAGAUGGAUGAAAAUGUUAUGUGUAAUCUGAAUGAAGGGCUGACAUGCUUAGGAAAAUGUCAUGAUUACGAGCUUCGCGUUUUUUGUCAGUGUGAUGAAACGAUCAAGUCUACAUCUGAGCCCACUUUGAAACCAGAAAUAGGAGAGAGCUGCGACGUGGCCAAGGCCGAAUACAAGGAAUAUCCUGGUGACUGUCAUAAGUUUUUACAUUGUCAACCGUUUAGUGUUAGUGGUGGUUGGACAUAUGUUGAAAAGACUUGUGGAGAAUUUAUGAUGUUUAAUCCAACAAUGUUUAUAUGCGAUCAUAUAGCGAUUGUUCAAGAGCUUCGGCCAAACUGUGGUAAGCCCAAAUCAGAAGUAGAAGUACUAAACCAAUGCGAGGAUGGAAGGCAAUGGAUGGAUUGCGCUAAUCAGUGUGAACAUACAUGUCAUUAUUAUGGUAAUAUUUUGAGAAAACGUGGCCUAUGUCAGACAAGGGAGCACUGUAAGUCCGGAUGUGUGGACAAGAAUCGUCCUGACUGUCCCAAACUUGGAAAAUACUGGCGCGAUGAGGAUACUUGUGUUUAUGCCGAUGAAUGUCCGUGUAUGGACAAGGCUGAUCUUUAUGUAAAACCACAUGGGCCGGUAGUGAGUGAACGGGAAGUUUGCCAAUGUAUUGAUAAUGCCUUUACCUGCGUUCCAAACAAGCCUGUUCCUGUACCACCAACGGAGGAGCCUAGAGGUGAGCAUGAACCACCUGUUUUCCCAGUGACUCUUACACCACCAGAACAAUGCGCACCGGAGCUUCUCAUACCGAAGAUUGAAAAUGGCCAGAAGUCCAUGCCAGAUAAUAUCUUUAAUGCUAGUUCUAAAUUUAAGCUAGGGCAUGAGCCAUACAAAGCGCGCCUAACGAAGGACAAGACAAAAUCUGGAAGUUGGUCGCCUAGCAUCAAUGAUCAGAUGCAAUAUCUUGAAAUAAAUUUCGGACAAAAGGAGCCUUUCUAUGGUGUCAUUAUGGCAGGUAGUCCGGACUUUGAUAAAUAUGUUACUCUCUACAAGAUUUUAUACAGUCAAGAUGGUAUUGCCUAUCACUACGUGGUUGAUGAAUCGGAUAAGCCUCAAAUGUUCAAUGGCCCACUGGAUUCACGAAAUGCCGUUCAAACUUUGUUUAAAAUACCAUUCGAGGCUUCAUCUUUCCGAUUUUACCCUCUCAAAUGGCAUGACUCUAUAGCUAUGCGGGUUGAUAUAUUAGUUUGCGACCGAACACAGCAAGUGACUGAAGCAUAUCAUACAACAACAUUGCGUCCAACCGUAUCCCAAUUGGACAUUGAGUGUAUUGAUCAAAUGGGUGUUGAGCAGGGGAAAUUGCAUGAACAGCAGAUCAAGGCUAGUAGUACUUGGCAACCUGUGCCAUCGAAAAAGGCUCGGCUGCUCGAUCUGCUCAAGCUAUCUUCGCCAGUGGGAUGGCGCCCACUGGCUAAUACCCCGAAUGAAUUCGUUGAGUUUGACUUUUUGGAACCUCGUAAUAUAUCUGGUUUUAUAACCAAAGGGGGUCCUGAUGGCUGGGUAACUGGCUACAAAGUACGCUUCUCUAGAACAAAAGGGCUUUGGAAUAACGUUUUGCACUGGGAUGGACAACCGCGCAUAUUUGAAGCCAACAUCGAUAGUGUCACAGAGCGUAUUCAUCAUUUUAAGAAGCCAAUUUUUACGCAAUAUCUUAGGUUACUACCUGCGAACUGGGAACGUAACAUUAACAUGCGUAUUGAGCCACUGGGCUGUUACACACCAUACCUAUCUAUCAAAGAGGAUAUUAGUUUGGUCGACUUAGAGCCAUCCAAGUGCAACAUAUGUGAUGGUCUGACCAUAACUAGUACGGAAAAAUGCAGGUGUAGCGAGCUGCAUUUUUGGGAUGGCAAUAAAUGCGUGCAAAGAAGUCUGUGCCCCUGUGUUGAGGACUACAUGAUGUAUCCAAUUGGCAGCAAGUUUGAGAAUGCAGCUUGUGAGGAAUGUGUAUGUGUGGUGGGAGGUCAUAAAAGUUGCAAACCCAAAAAAUGUCCAUCAUGUAGUGGACAACUGCGCCCGGUAUUAAGUGCUGAUUGCUUUUGUAAAUGCGAGCCCUGUCCUAAGCUGCAACGCUUGUGUCCUUCAAGUGGUGAUUGUAUACCUGAACUGCUCUGGUGCAAUGGUGUACAAGAUUGUGCCGACGACGAGGACGCUACCUGCAGGGAUGCCUUUACAGUAGAACCAAAAGCUGAGCAUGAGAAAAAUGAAACUGUGAUAAUUACCUGUCCGACACCAGUUUGUCCACCACAAAUGAAGAUCAAAAUCAUUGAAAAGAAACAACGUAAAAUGUCGAAAAUGUUCACCUUUUCAAAGAAAGUUUCCAUUAUAGACGAUGGCACCAAAAUUACUAAGACUAAGAUAAUAUCAUCCAAAGAAGAACUGCUUACUAUGCCAAACACAGAGAUGGAGGUCACGAAAGAAGAGGAAUGUAGCGAGUUUACAUGCGUUCCUAUACCCAGCACACUAGUAAAUAAAAAUGAAACUACCACUUGCGCUGAACCGAAAUGCCCAGAUAAGUAUGAUGUGGAAUUGGAUAUGUCAAUGACUAAGGCCGGAGACUGUUUAAAGUAUACAUGCGUAUUACGACCUACAAAGGACGAUGUGUGCGAGAUCAGCGGAAAGACUUUUACGACUUUCGAUGGCACCGAAUUUAAAUAUACACCAUGUAGUCACAUUUUAGCCAGAGAUAUAUAUAAUGGAAGUUGGUUGAUUUCCGUACAUCUUAAAUGCAGAGAUGAGUUGCAUAAACUAUGCCAUAAGGUGGUGACGAUUAAGGAUUUACUGGCAGCCAAUACACUAGUCUUACUGCCACAACAAAAGGUUAACUUUAAUGGCUUUGACUUUAGUGUGGAGCAGCUUAUCAAUUCACCCAUAUGCAAAGCUUCGUUUGUAGUUUCACAGCCAGGUAAAACUGUGCUAGUAGUAUCCACAAAGUAUGGCUUCUGGGUGCAGUUCGAUGAUAUAGGCAUCAUCAAAGUGGGCAUAUCUUCCAAGUUUAUUCGUACCGUUGACGGAAUGUGUGGGUAUUAUAAUGGAAAUCCCAGUGAUGACAAACGAGGACCCAAUGGUACAGUUCUGACGAAUACGGAACAAUUUGGUGAUAGUUGGUAUGAUAAGAAAGUGCCCAAAGAACAGUGCGGAGAUCAAAAGUGUCCACUGGAUUUACAGAAAAGAGCAUUAGCUUUGUGUAAUACCAUCAAGCACCCAUCAUUUAUAAAAUGCACCAAGGCUGUGAAUUACAAGCAAUUUGUGACCAAAUGCAUAGAAACUACUUGCGAUUGUCUCAAGUCCAAUCAGGGCGAUAUUUCAGCUUGUAAGUGUGAUAUUCUACAGAGGUUUGUCGAGAAGUGCCUGAGUGUCAAUCCGCAAGUGCAGCUUACUACCUGGCGUACAGUUCAUCAGUGUGAGAUCAGUUGCCCCUCACCAUUGGUACAUUCCGAUUGCUAUAAGCGCCGUUGCGAGCCUUCAUGUGAUACUUUGCACAGUGACGACUGUCCAGUACUUCCUGAGGCAUGUUUCCCUGGAUGUUACUGCCCUGAUGGUAUGGUACGCAAAGGCAAAUCUUGCGUCCCUAUUGCAGAGUGUAAGGACUGUGUGUGUAAUGCUAUCGGAAGCUCUAAAUAUGUAACAUAUGACCGAAAGAGCUUUACCUUCAAUGGUAAUUGCACAUAUUUGCUUUCCCGGGAUAUAGUUUUACCUGGUGUACACACUUUUCAAGUGUAUGUUAGCAUGGAAUACUGUAAAAAACUUUGGCUGCGUUCAGCUGACGACCUUACUAGUUGUGCCAGUGCGUUGCACGUUCUUAAUGGCGAUCAUGUGAUACACAUACAAAGAAUUCCAAAUAAACCUAAAUCCUUUCAUGUGCUUGUCGACGGGUUUGAGGUGAAAAAGUUUCCACACAAAGACAGCUGGAUUGCACUUAAGGAAGUUGUGGGCAAGGAACUGAUAUUAUCUCUACCCGAAUCCCACUUAGAGAUUACAGCGGCCUUCGAUGAUUCGGUAUUUUCUCUUGGUGUACCGAGUAUCAAAUAUGGUAGAAAAAUGGAAGGAUUGUGUGGCGAUUGUAAUGAUGAUCCACAAAAUGAUUUACAACCAAAUAUAGCGAAGAGACCACGCGUGAAGACGCUAGCUUUGAGUGACGUUAUACGGAGUUGGCAGGCCGAUGAGCCCAAACUGGGCUUAAGUUCAAUGGAAUGCCUUAGUGAAGAAGUUCCAAAGGUCCACUGUAAAUCGCUUCCACCGGAAAAGGACCCAUGCCUGCAGUUCUUUAAUGAGGAUAUGUUUGGCAAAUGUCCAUUAGUUGUGGAGCCAUUACCAUAUGUUUCUGCCUGCCAGCAGGAUAUUUGCAAGCCGGGCAACUCACAGCAAGGCGUAUGCGAGGCUUUUAGUGCGUAUGCAAAGGAGUGUCAAAAGCAUGAUAUCUGCACAAAUUGGAGAAAACCUAACAUUUGCCCGUACGAGUGUCCCGAUGAUAUGAUCUAUGAGCCAUGUGGUUGUGCGAAAACAUGUGAAACUGUCAAAGCAAUGUCAGAAUUCGAUGCCAUUAAUGUAAAUACCCAAGCAGUGUUCAAUACAGUCAGCAGCGAUGAAAUGUGUAUGAACACCGAUCGCUUUGAGGGUUGCUUUUGCCCUACAGGUAAAGUAUUGGAUGAGGGCAAAUGUGUCCCAGAGGCUUCAUGCGCAAAGUGCGAUGAUGGAGUACAUCUUCCUGGAGAUCAGUGGAAGCAGGACAAGUGCACAGACUGCCAAUGCGAUUUUAAAGGCAAAACGUCUUGUGUUAUGAAAAAAUGUCAGAUAGAGGAGAAUAUAUGCGCCGAAGGCUACUCGCCCAAAAAAAUAGUGAGCGAGGAGGAGUGCUGCCCACGUUAUCGCUGCGUUCCGGAGUCGAAAGUGCCGCAGAAUAUGUGUCUUGAGCCAUUAAUGCCAUUGUGUGGACCAGGGCAGUUAAAGAAAAUGAGGACGGACGUGAAUAACUGCUCCACGUACAUCUGUGAGUGUAAACCAAAAGAUGAAUGUGAUCCGCCACUACCGCCACGUGCAUUAAAAUCUGGCGAAUUGCUCGUGAAAGUAGAAGAGGGCUGCUGUCCAACACAAGAAAUUGUCUGCAAGCCGGAUCUAUGCCCAGCGCCGGUUAGUUGUCUUGAUCGUUUUUAUGAAAUACAAAAAACACAGGCUCCGGAAGAUUGUUGUCCCACUUAUGAUUGUGUGCCCCCCAAACAUCUAUGCAUUAUCCAAUAUGGAACUGAUGAAGAUUCCAAGUUCUCUAAGAAAAUAGGCACAAAGUGGUUACAUCCCCAAGAUUUUUGCAAGCAUGAACUCUGCUCAAUCGGUCCCAAUGGUAUCGCACAAGUUAUCACCACAUUGGAGCAAUGCCAAAUCGAUUGUGCACCAGGAUACACCUAUCAAAAACUGAACAGUAGCAAGUGCUGUGGCGAAUGUGUGCAAACUGCGUGUGUGUUUAAGGAUAAGCUAUACAAGCCAAAUGAACUAUGGUAUUCUCAUGAUAACUGUACACAGUAUAGUUGCCUAGAGAAGGAAAACGUGUUAAUAAUCAGUUCUUCCCAUGAAACCUGUCCGGAUGUAGUUCAAUGUGCACCACAUUUAUUAUAUGAUGAGGGCUGCUGUAAGCGCUGUAAAGUGGAACCGAUUUCAGAGGAUAAAAGAAACUGCUUGCCUGUUUCAUUGGCGGAAACGAUGACCAAAGAGUUGCUUAAGACAAUGAAACCAGAUCAUGGUGUUUGCGUGAAUGCUGAGCCCAUUAAGGGUUUUACGGAUUGCGUGGGUGCUUGUAAUUCUGGAUCCAAGUAUAACACUUUAACAGAUGAGCAUGAGAAAUUUUGCCAUUGCUGUAGCAUCAAGUCCUAUAAACCAAUAUCAGUGCAAAUGAUAUGCGAAGAUGGAUUUAAAUUCGAGCAAAGACAUGAAGUGCCUUCAGCCUGUGGCUGUGCCCCAUGUUUAGACUCUACAGAAAGAGCUAUUGACCUGCGUUUUGACAAGCAACAAAGUCCAACUUCUCUGUAUAUUAAAUGAACAAAGCGUAAGACGGAAUAAAAUGCUCAAGCUCUCAAACAAGUUUGUUCAAAAAUUUACGGUAGCCAGACAGAAAUUUGGAACUACGUAAAAAUUUUUUUUCAAACAGAUCGGAC